AUGCCCGUCCGUUUACCGCGCCCCGCGUCCAUCUUGCAUUCUUCGCUUCGGGAGUUUUAACAGGUUCAUCCGUUUGAUAUCCUCCAUAGUUUUGCCCAUCGAAAUGGCUGACCAUGACCAAUGUGUCUAUAUGGCCAAACUGGCAGAGCAGGCGGAGCGUUAUGAUGAAAUGGUAGAAUAUAUGAAGAAAAUUGCUAACGAAAAAGGCCAUCUUGAGAUAGAAGAGCGCAAUUUGCUCUCAGUAGCCUACAAGAAUGUCAUUGGAGCGAGAAGAGCUUCUUGGCGUGUUCUUUCGAGUCUGGAGAAAAACCAGCACGACCCAUCGAAGACCGCCGAUAUAAAAUCGUAUAGAGAAAAAGUGGAACGAGAAUUAAAAGAUAUCUGCCAGGAUAUUUUAAAAUUAUUGGAUGAGCAUUUGAUCAAGAACGCAAAAGAUGCUGAAUCGAAGGUGUUUUACCAUAAAAUGAAGGGGGACUACUGGCGCUAUCAGGCUGAGUAUCUUCCUGAAGAUAAAAAGAGUAAAGGUGCUGAAUCGGAAGAAGCUAAAAAUUCUAAGACAGCUUAUGAAGCGGCUCAAGAUGAAGCCACAAGUUUGCCACCAACACAUCCCAUAAGACUGGGCCUGGCUCUUAACUUUUCUGUUUUCUACUAUGAGAUCAUGGAACAAUCAGACAAAGCCUGUAAGUUGGCUAAGACUGCCUUUGAUGAUGCUAUGUUGGAGCUAGAAAAUUCUGACAAUUCAGAUUUCAAGGAUAGCACCUUAAUUAUGCAGCUGCUCAGGGACAACUUGACGUUGUGGACUUCUGAGUCAGAAGAUGUAGACCCAGAUGGAGAAGACAAGGACUCUUAAGGAUCUUAAAGAGAGAAUUUAAAAAACUGUAUAAACGUAAACAGCUACUGAUUAUUCUUUUGCUAUAGAUUGAACAAAGAAAGUUUUUGCUCUGUGCGCAGAUAAUGGUUAACUUUAUGAGCAUCCUUGCAGAUAUUUCCACUGUCAGGGUCCUGUUUCUUAAAGUGCUUGGUUUAUGACACUCGUCUAUCAGUUGCAUCUAAGUGUGAAAGCAUAAUGAAAUGACAUUUUCUACAUGAGCUUGAAAGUUAAUGUUGUAAUAGUGGUCUUCAGACUUCAAGAUGAAGACGUCAAGACUUCGUUUGAUUGAAUGACAGAUAAUGACAGAUUGAACUGGGUUGAGGUGAAUUUUAGUUCUGUCUUGUAAUGGUAAAGGUGAUGUCCAUGUCGGCCCAAGUGGUCCAUACAGCCAGAGCUUUUUCUGCUUUCCGUAGCAUUAAGCAACUGGGAGUCAGUCUUUGAUGGACAAAAUUUGAGUGAAGUCAAGUUUCUGAUUAUUUAUAGCACUUUCAAGCAGGAAGAGAAUAAAUUUUUGACCCGCUUACACUUGAAGACACAUUGAGAGAAAUUGUUUAUUUUGUUACACAAAUCUAAACUUCUCAGUAAUUUUUCAUGUCUUCAUAUUGCAACUUUUGCUGAACGAAGUUGUUUUUGCCCCCAACAUUGAUGUUGAGCACUAAUUUUGUCUUGUCAAACUGUCUUGGCUUUGUCCCACCUGAAAUGUGUGACAAAACAUUAACUAAUUAUUAAUGACACACUAUCAGUGUACUGUUGCGUUAUUUGCAACUCUUGCCCACGUAAAGAUUAUCUGCAGGGCUGUCAUUAAGGGCUGUAACCUGUAACACCUGUUACGGCUGAGUGUGCUUGAUUUUCCCUUGAUGUUACGGGCGAAAUAGCCUGUUGAUAGAAUUCACCCACGAAGUACUAAGUUUGCUACUGGUGUGUAGAGCAAGGCUACAGGUGACUCAAAACUUAAUGACAGCCCUGACCUGUCAUUCAAUCAAAGUUUGAAGGUCAAGGAACAAUCAUGUUACAAUAAGUUGUUUUUUUUUUUAAUCAUUUGUGCACACUUGAUGCAACCAAUGGUAACUAAAUGUACAUGUAAACAUGACAACAUAGCAGUAGCUGUAUCAAAGUGCAAGACCCUUUCUCUGAAAAAUCUUUGUCAGGAAGCCAAAAUUUCAUGUAAAAUAAUUAUUAAUGUAUCUCAAUUUCUAGCGUGCAAUCUUGAACUACAAUGAUUAUAUUUUUAGGUCUGAAAGCAUCAAUUCAAUUUUUGUUACUUCUCCUGGUACACAGGGAAUUUUCUGAUUGUAUGUACUAUUAUGUAUGUAUGUAUUCACUUUUUUUUAGCAAUAAAACAAAUAAGCAGUUUGUGUUGAUUUACAA